GUACUCGACUAGCUAGCAUUCUGUUCACCGAGCUGUAUUGAGCUAUCGCUUCCUUUGAAUUGGAUUUAUUCUUCGGGGUUGAGAUCAUUUGGUGACAGCUAAGUCGGAGUUAUUAUUUAAAAUUCUAGCGACACUUAAGACUAGUUUUAGCAGUGAAUUUCGUCGAAGCCUGAACUUGAAUCUUCCUAAAUCUUGCUGUAGCCAUAUUGCCAUUACUGAAGAAAAUUAUCUAAAGAGCUAACAUACAUUCAUUGCAAGAUGUUGAUGAGGAGGUUAACCAUGCAAAGGAAAAGUGGGAAAAUGGUUUUGAUUGGAAUCUUCAUUUUAACCACCAUCUGCUUGAUUAAUAUUCAAACAAAAGAGAAUGUUGAACAGUACAACAGGCUGGAGCUCACGCAGGAGGAUGACAAUAAAAUCAACUGCACAAGAAUUAUUGAGGGCAAUGCUGAUGAGAUUGAGCAGGCUAAGCUUCAGGUGAUCACAGUUAAUUAUAAAAACAAACACAGACCGAAAACUGAUCAAUAUUAUAUUGAUCUUACCAGAAACUGUGGGAACUUCACAAAGGUCCGCAAGUACUUAACAUUUCCUCUCAGUGAAGAAGAAAAAGAAUUUCCCAUUGCAUAUUCAUUAGUUGUUCACCACAAAAUUGAUACAUUUGAAAGGCUUUUAAGGUCCAUAUACGCACCUCAUAAUUUUUACUGUGUCCACGUUGACAGAAAAUCCCCAGAAUCCUUCUUGGCUGCUGUGAGAGGAAUUGCAGCUUGCUUUGGGAAUGUUUUUGUUGCCAGUCAGCUAGAAAGUGUUGUUUAUGCAAGCUGGAGCCGGGUACAGGCAGAUAUCAACUGCAUGAAAGACCUUCAGAGAAGGAGUUCGACGUGGAAGUACUUUAUCAACCUCUGCGGCCUGGAUUUCCCUAUAAAAACCAACCUGGAAAUAGUUAAAAUACUGAAGGGGCUGAAUGGGAGGAACAGCCUGGAAACUGAAACAAUGCCAUCUCAUAAAGAGGCAAGAUGGAAGAAACAUUAUGAAGUUGCUGAUGGCUCAAUAAAUAAAAAAAACAUUGACAAGGCUCCUCCACCAAUUGAAACUCCAGUGUUUGCAGGUGGGGCCUACAUAGUGGUUAGCAGGAACUUUAUUGAACACAUAUUGGAAGACCAGAAAAUACUUAAAUUUAUGGACUGGGCUUAUGACACCUAUAGUCCUGAUGAGUUCUUAUGGGCAACGCUGCAAAGAACUCCUGGUGUCCCUGGCUUUAUUCCAGUCAAUUCAAAGUAUGAUGUCACCGACAUGAACUCUGUGUCAAGGUUUGUUAAAUGGAGCUAUCAUGAAGGAAGCAUGUCCAAAGGAGCCAUGUACCCACCAUGCACUGGUGUGCAUGUAAGAUCAGUAUGUGUGUAUGGAGCAGGGGAUUUGAACCAUAUGCUGAAACAACAUCAUUUAUUUGCCAAUAAAUUUGAUACAGAUGUGGACCCCAUUGCCAUUCAGUGCUUGGAAGAACAUUUAAGACAUACAGCUAUUGUUGAAGCUACUAAACGUUAAAAAAGUCAUCUCAUUAGGGCUGAUUUUCAAAGCUUUUUACUCCAAAGUAUAAAUUAGUCAUUUUUUUCUAAAGGUUAAAAAAACAUUCAAGUUACAAAAUAAGGAAUAAACUUAAUUCAGUUGCCUUAAAUUAAAUACCUGCUGCGUUUAUUUCUAUUUUUUUUAAAAAACUUUUAACAGGUGUUUUUUCUGCUUUGAGUAAAUUGAACAAUUUACUCUUUGGUGUUAAAAUGCUUUGGCAAUCUGCCACAUUGUGUUUUAAGAGUUAUUACCCUUAUUUAAAAUCGACUAUCAUGUUUUAAUAACCUUUGCUGAUCACGCAAAUGCAUAUCCCUAGACUAACAUACUAACAUAUAUGUCAUGGGACAUUGAUAGAAGGCUUUAAUAAACCCUGUGGACACAAAAACAGAAUACCUUUGACAAAUGGAAUGUAGAAUUAUAAUUUAAUUCUAGCGUGGGCUCCUAAUAGAGAAAAUUGCACCACCACUGAGCUCUACAUAAAGGCUUAACUACAGUGAUCAGAUCAGGUUUAUCAAUUUUAGGAGGCAGUUUUAAACAGCACCUUGAUAUGGAGGGCAGGAUUUUCAAAAAACAGUGUUACUGUAUUGAACUCGUGGUAUAGUAACGAAAGCUUUAGUAGCAAGUGAUUUUAAAAUGAAAUGUGUUAAUUAAAUCAAUCCAUUAAUGCUUUGAAUUUGAGUUGAUGAGGUAGUUUAUGAACGCAUUUCUUGUUAAAAAACUUGCAGGCCAUGUACAUCACUUCCUGUCUCAACGACUAAAUAAGGGGAACUCGUUAAUCAAAAUGCAUGUUAACGAGAAAAAAUUAAUGGCAGCAUAAUUCGCUGUUAUGGAAACUACUAGCAUACAGCAAGACAGCUCUCACCUGCGAGCAGCAGCCAAAUGGAAAUGAAAUAAAAAUAAAAAAAAUAUGGGAAUAUCUAUUUUGUGUAUAAUUUGUAAAGUUCAUUUAAAAUUGUGCAUUUUGUUAUGCAGAAUGUACAUUUAUUUAGAUAAAUUCACAUAUGCAAUUCUGAUUUACGAUCAUCUGGCGUGGGUAAAAAUCAGACGGCACAGAUUAAAAAAAAACAUUUUUAUUUAUUUUUUGGAUGGGGCGGGGGCGGGGAGGUAAGCCAUCUAUCUAUUGGAUGGAAUUUAUUUUAUGUUAACAUCUACUUUUGUAUGUAUUUUAGUAUGUAUGAUUGUAGGCUAGAAAUAAAUACGUUUGAAGUGUCAUUUGUGUUUGUAGUUAGUUAUUAUACAUUUGUUAAGCUUGUAAAAUUAUGAUAGAACUCCCUAACCCAAUACACAAUUUGUUUAUAGUUAAUUGUUUGGUGAAUUCCUCUAAUCAUGCAUUUUCUCUGGUACUGUUUGCUCGCCUCCGCAAUAAAUAAACUCAACAUGAAUAGAAGUAGCAUCGAACACUUACAGUAACAAAAGGAGAUGUUAUAAUAUGUGCAUACAGAUGUGUGAAGUUGAGUGUACACUGUACAUACAGUGCGGGGGAGUCUGAUAAAAUACUUUAGGUAAAAUCCAUGUCAAUGAUCUCCGUGGAAAGCAAGCCCCAUAUUGCACUUUUUAACUAUUAGACAAAAUGUUUACAGAAUACUUAACAACUGCUAUUAGGACCAUGCUGCAUGAUUUGUUUAUUAUUAAUAGCGUUAUAAUUAAACAAUAACAAAUCAUGUUUUUAUUUACAAUGAAGGGAAAACAUGUUUUUGCUGACUUUAUAAGCUUUUGGGCGACACAGUAUAGGUUACCUUCAUUGUAAAUAAAAAAUGUGAUUUGGCAUAAUUUAAUGAUGACGCUAUUCAUAAUAAAUUAAUCAUGAUUAUAACAGCAGUAUUCUGUAAAUAUUUUGUCUAAUGGUUCAAAAGUACAGUGUGCGGCUGUUAGGUCUUGUUUUAAAAAAAUAUCGGCAAGGACAUUAUAUACAAACCAGUGGAAAGUGUGUAUAUGUAGGUAGGUAUGUGUGUGUGUUUAAUAGAGAUAGAAUACAUGCAUGUCUGUGUGUGUUCUGGUAAUUAAGUGAAUACAUCUCAUUCAUAACCACAAGUAUAUAAAAGUCUAAAAUAUUUCCAUAACUACAAAUAUUGAAUUAUCUAGGUAGUCUCUGUAUUGCCAGUGUCACAGCCGCAGUCUGUUAAAUUUCUGUUUCAAGGUGAGUUAUAGUCGUUUGUUAAUUAAAACCCUCCUUUUCCAAGUGCAAAUUAACGCCUGAUAAAUGAUGACAGUUAACACGGAUUUGCUUUUAAAUUCCCAAACAAACAAAAGAAAUAGUAGCAAAAAGCACAGCACAUUAAAAUAUUAACAUUAUUUCGUAAAUCAGCAGUUUCGGAAAUCACGUUAGCAUGAUUCUUUGAUAACUAGAUAGGCAUAACGACCUCUUGAAAAUGCCAAAAUGAAUGGUACAUACCGAUUUCUUGAUUAACACUGGAGUUAUCAUUUACAACUUUUUGAAAAUCCUGCCCAGAUAAUCUUAAUUUAUGUACAGGUAUUCUUGCUGUUUUGAUUCACUUUCUAUCAUUGACUAUUUUUGUCAGAAUAUCCUCUGUAGCCUUUUCUAUUUUAGUCAUCACCCCCGUGGCCUCAAAUUAGUCCACGGUAUCAGGUCUAAGCUCCAAGUACAGCUGGUACACUGGCUGACAGCAUAUCACUUGGUUAUUGUUUGGUUAUUGACAGGAAAUAAGCCAGUGAAGGGGUAAGGACAAUUUCAUCGUCCAGGUGAAAUGACCCUAAAAAUGCACAAGAGUCUAAAAGCAUGGCUUGCAAACUGAGAUUUCUUAGUAGUACCUUAUAGUAUGUUUUAAACUAAAAAUACAUAUUUGUAACAUUCUACAACUUCAUUCUGUAAGUCUUGCUGCAAGUUGAUGUUAAACCCCGUAUUUGUCUUUUUGAACAAAUUCGUGGAACCAACACGUUUUUAUGUUUUCAUUGUUCUAAAACAAAUCUUGCUCAAUGAGUUAGGUUUAAGAGAUUUUACUUCAACUCUAUAGGUGGUCGCUCAAGCUUGAUGUUGUCGGUAGCCAUAAUACGGGAGUCCACUGGCAUGUAUUCCCAGCAAUGCAAGUUCUUAGACAUUUUGGGCUACAAACAUGACUUUGCCCUUGUUUGGUACCCAUGAUAGAUGCUACUUAAAGCAAGUGUACAAUUCAUUGUAUCUUAUUGUUAAGGGACAGAAAAGUCUAGGCUUAAAGCAAUCAGCUAUCCGAUAAUCAAAAAAAUAUAUAUAUCUUUCUGUGCUUUGCAAAGGGCUUUGUUAUUUAUUUAUUUAUUUAUUUAUUUAUUUAUUUGUUUGUUUGUUUAUUUAUUGCAAAGGGCUGUAUUUUUUAAAUUUGUAAUAGCUUCAGUAUUUUUUUAUAACCUUGCUUAAAACAACUAAACUAUAAUAUAUGGUUUAGUUGUUUUUAUACGAUAUAUGAUUUUAAAACAACUAAAUCAUAAUAUAAUUUUAUGAGUCAAAUGGCAAUGAAGUUGAAUAAAUGGUGUCACAUGAAAAAAUAAGUGCAGAGUGAAUGUGCUGUAGACUAUAUUUGUAAAUCAAAUCUAUUGUUUUUAAUAGGUAGGGUUCUGCCCAUUCAGUAGCUACUAUGCAUACCGAACCCUACAGAGUUCAAUCCUGUCUCUCUCUCUCUCUCCAUUUUUUUUUUUAUUUCUUUAGAAAUGCAAUUUUAAGACGGGCAAUGCAUGCUAUUGAAUUGCGUAUUUUCUAAUGUACACUAACUUUUAUAAAUAAAAUCAAAGAGAAUUAAUACUUUACUUAUCAAAAUCUGAUUUUUAAUGAAACACCGAAAGUUCAGUUAUCAACCAAUCAAUUAAUCAACCCCCUUUAAACCGUCUAUGUCAAAUGGGAAGACAUUUGCAUUUUGGGUAAGUAUGAAAUAUGACUAGUGGCCUGUUAUUGCUUUUCUCACAGAAUAUACAGGUUCAGCUUUUCUGUUGGUGCUUUAUGUCUGGCUGCUUACAUUUCAAGACACUGGUUGAUUCCUGCUCAUAAAUUACACAAGAAAGAUUGGCACAUAGUUGCCUUAAUAGAUUUCACCAGAAAAAAGAGCCUGGUGUGUAUAUUGGCAUAUUCCUUGUAAUACCAAGUAGUGAUUCUUUAAUAAACUGUGACAGUAUUUUAAAUGAAUAUCAAUUAAAUCACCCAAUCAAGCACUACAAAGUACUUUGAUGAGCAUGUUCAUGCACCUUGAAGUCAGGAUUUUAGAAUAAAAUAUGUUUGUAUUCUUGUUACAGUUAUUGAAGAAUUUUUUGAGUUGUCCUUUUCAUAUGAUGUAAUCAAUGGUAUGCUAUGCUGUUUAUCAAGCCAAAAUACAUUUAUCAUUUCACUUCUCUUUUGUAAUUUCUAUACCGUGUGAAUAAAGUUUAUUUAAAUGUUGCCUAUUUUUAAGACAGGAUAUAUAAUCUAUUCAGGGAU